AUGCUAGAUGCAUUUAAUGAUACAACAAAGGUGACGAAAUCACAUAUCCCAGCUGCAAAUGCACCUGCAAAGAUUGAUGUCCAUAAUGGACAAAACAAUGUGCCAACAAAUGAUUCAUUUGUUGCACGCCUGAAGCAUGGUAGGACCACUAGGCUAAAAGGAUUUAGUCCCUUGAAAGAGGAAGUUGAUGGCCAAAAUGAAUCCAGUUGA